AUGUCUCAACGCGGCGGGCCGACACUAAACAUCAAGUUACAGAAUACAUUCGAGCAAGCCGAGACGAUUUAUGCUUACGUCACGGGUCAGGCAAUCGACCACAACAACAGCCUCUUCAUCCUCUCGGCGGAUGGUAAGACGCCUUACUUUGUCCCUGCGCCCUCAGCAGCCGGUGCGAAACUCCAGCAAGAUGUCGCCAUCACCGUGCAGCAAGGCGAGUCGAAGAUCAUAACAAUCCCGCAUGUUGCUGGCGGACGGAUUUACUUCUCCAUGCAACACGAACUAGACUUCACCAUCAACCCCGGUCCAGCACUAGUGGAACCCGCUGCCAACGCCCAGGGUGAUCCGAACUACAUGAUCGACUGGGGGUUUGUGGAGUACACAUUCAACUCCGAUCAACUGUACGCGAACAUCAGUUAUGUGGAUUUUGUCGGUCGCAUUCCACUCGGCCUCGCUCUCGAUACCGCAAGUGGCCAAAGGCAAACCGUCUCCGGCAUGGCGGCGGAUGGCUUCGAACAUGUCUGUCAAGAGAUCCACGAGCAAGCGCAAAAGGACGGCCAACCUUGGGACCACCUAAUUAUCAACGACGAGCACGGCCAACCACUUCGCAUUCUUUCCCCCAACCUCGCCAGCAAAUCCGGCAUCGAUUUCGGGCAAUACUACGACCACUACAUUGACCAGGCCUGGCAGCAUCUGUCGGACCCAAACAACACAAUCACCAUCGACACGCAAGCCGCUGCCGGGAAAAUGAGCGGCUACGUCCAGGGCGACCAACUACAACUCAAUAGUGAAGACGGAGCCCAUAAAGCCUCAUUCACCAAGCCAGAGACCAAGGAUGUCUUGAUGUGCGAUUCGGGCCCGUUCCAGACCGGCCAGGGCGCCGACAAGGAUGCGCUCAUCCCCCGAUUAGCGGCCGCCUUCAACCGGUCGACGCUGACACUGACGCAUGAAUUUCCUGAGGCGGAGGAUCUACAUUACCAGGACGAGAUCACGAACCACUACUCACGCAUCAUGCACGAAGUCAACACGGAUAGAAAGGGCUAUGCUUUCCCAUACGACGAUGUCCAACCAACAGGUGGCGCGGAUCAGUCUGGCGAAGUCCACGCCGCUGACGCCACGCUGUUUACUGUCAUAAUCGGAGGCGGAGAUGCAGGAGAAGGGCAGCAUGAAUGA